CAGCGUGAUGUGAGGAGUACUUACUUAUAUAGUAAUAUAGUAUAGUGUUCCACCAAAUACACACACAUCCAUAAUUUGAACAAAAUAAUUAACUACUAGCUAAUUCAUCAAAUCAUAACCUUGUGAUUAGUGCAGUGUAGCACUUUGAAUUUCAUAAUGGCUAUGCAACCUUACACAGGUGCUUCUUCUUCUUCUUCUUCUUCUUCUUCUUCUUCCUCGGUGGUAUCUUCGAAAAAAUUUGAUGUUUUUAUUAGCUUUCAUGGUAAGGAUACUCGUAUAAAAUUCACAAGCCAUCUUUAUGUUGCUCUGAGCAAGUACUUUCGAACCUUUAUUGACGAAAAAGAGCUUGAAAAAGGAGAUGAGAUCUCUUCAGCACUUGUCAAAGCCAUUGAGGAGGCAUAUGUAUCUGUAGUCGUUUUCUCAAAAAACUAUGCUUCCUCAAAAUGGUGCUUGAAUGAACUUGUCAAAAUUCUUGAAUGCAAGAAAGAUCAAGGCCAAAUUGUGAUACCUGUUUUCUAUGAAGUAGAUCCAUCAGAUGUGGGGAAUCAGAGAGGGAGUUAUGGACAAGCUUUUGAAAAACAUGAGCAAGAUUUGAGGCAGAGCAAAGACAAGUUGCAGAAAUGGAGAAAUGCUCUCACUGAAGCAGCCAAAUUAUCUGGAUGGCACUUUCAAAAUGACAGGAUUGAAUCAAAUUUCAUCAAGGACAUUGUUGAAGAUGUUUUGCAUCGUAAACUCCCAUUUGAAGUUAAUAAGAAAAUUGUUGGAAUUGAGAAAAAGUAUGAAGAGAUUGAAUUGUUACUGAAUAUUGGAUCAGGUGAUGUUAGAACCCUUGGAUUAUGGGGCAUGGGUGGCAUAGGAAAGACCACUCUAGCCAAAUAUGCAUAUGCUAAACUGUCUUUUCAAUUUGAACGUCAUUGUUUACUGGAAAAUGUAAGGGAAAAAUCUAACAAGUCUGGAGGACUCUCAGCUUUACGUAAAGUUUGUCUUUAUGAAUUGUUUGAUCUUCCACUUAAUGCACGUUAUGUAUAAACUCCAAUUUUAGAAAGAAAACUUGCAGGUGAAAAAAGUUUAAUUGUGUUGGAUGAUGUGGCAACUUUAGAACAAGCAGAAAAUCUUAACAUGUGCUUGGGACCGGGUAGUAGAGUCAUUGUCACAACCAGAGACAAGCAAAUAUUUAGUCAGUUCAAUGAAUGUGAAAUUUAUGAGGUUAAACCAUUGAAUAAAGAUGAUUCUCUUGAACUAUUAUGUUGGCAUGCCUUCCAGAAAAAACAUGCUGAAGUUGGUUAUGAAGAGCUCUUAGAAAGGGCAAUUAGGUAUUGCGGAGGCAAUCCUCUGGCUUUAAAAGUCUUAGGUGCGAAUUUCCAUACAAAAAGAAAAGAAGUGUGGGAAAGUGAACUGGAGAAGCUAAAAAAGAUUCCCAAUAGGACAAUUCAUGAUGUUUUAAAAUUGAGUUUUGAUAAUUUAGAUUGUACUCAACGGGACAUAUUUCUAGAC